AUGCCUGCUCAAUUAGUUAUAUUCGACUUUGACGGCACUCUUUUCGACACCCAUCAAGCCAUAUCUCACAGCAUCAAGCUCACCUUCGAUUCACUCCUUCCAGCCUCAGCUCCAGCAGAGUCUGGAGUGCAGAAGUUGAUCGGUUCUGGCUUAGGUCUCAGGGAGGUUCUCCGAGCGCUACAUACGACUCCCGGCUCUUUUGACGAGGAUGAAUGGACGUCAACGUACCGUCGCUUGUACAACGAAGAAGGACAGAAACUUGUAUCUGCGUUUCCUGGAGCCAAGGAGCUUUUGAUCAUGCUUAAUUUAAACGAGGUUCCUGUCGCUAUUGUCAGCAAUAAAGGCGUAGCCGCGGUCGAGACGGCCCUCGAGAAUAACGGCAUUGAUACCAUCCCCAAAGACUUGAUCGUCGGAGACAACACCCCCGGCGCAACGCGUAAGCCCGACACUGGAAGCUUCGAGAAAGUUCUACUGCCAACCCUGAAAGCUCGUGGACUCGCACACGUGGACGCCUCGAGAACCUUAGUCGUUGGGGACACAGAGGCAGAUGUCAAAUUCGCUGCCAACAUCGGAGCAAAGUCUGUUUGGUGCAGAUAUGGAUAUGGUGAACGGAGCGCAUGCGAGAAGUUGGAGCCACAUUUCACAGUCGAUUCAUUAGAUGAAGUAGCUGGAAUUGUUGACAACAUGUGA